AUGAAUAGAGCUAGGUUUGAUGAAACCAAUCGUAAAUUUUAAGUAUUUCUUAUUUCCUAUUCAUAAGGAAUAUUAAGCUGAAUUCAAAAUUCCAAUUCUACCCUCCAGUCAAUAAGAAAACUUUAAUGCUUAAACAUUUUAUAGACUUUAUCCUGAAUUGACUCCAUUUCAUGCCAUAAAACCACACCAAGCUCAAGCCUUUAAUCCAGAAAAGACUAGACUAUAUAUAGAGAGUUUAUAAAAGCAAAAUCAUGAAAUAAAUUCUGAAUUAAGACAACAAGCUCAUGAUAUUGUUACUUUGUCUUAGAUGGUUAAUACAUUGAUUGAUGAAAAUAGAAGUCUUUCAUUACUACUAGAGUAAAAGGAUUUAGAAAUGCAUUCCAUAGUUGAAACUAUGACAAUAAAUGAAGCUGAAGAAGUCUCAGAUCUAAGACAUUAGUUAAGAUUUUUGGAGGAUGAAAAUUCUGUUCUUUUAAAACAUGUUUAAGAAUAAAGAUUGUAAUUAGAUGAUAAAAUACAAGAUGGUUAUGAAUUAGAAAAACAAUUCUAAAAUUCAAAAAAAUAUUGUCUCUAACUUGAAUAAUAGAUAGAAAAACAUAAGUUAUCUGAAAUAGCAUUAUCUGAAUAAAUGCAAAUACUUAAAGAAAAUUUUAGAACUGAAAUAGAAAUUAAAAGUUCUUAUUAAUUUGAAAAUCAGAAAAAGGAUAGUGUUAUUACAUCAUUAACAUUUACAGUUGAAAAAUUAAAUAAAUAAUUAUUAUAAUUAUCAUCAGAUUAUGAAAAAUUAGAAUUAGAUAAAAAUGAAUUACAUUCUAAAAGCAAUUUGAAACUUUAUGAAUUGAAUCAAUAAUUAGAUGAUUUAAGUAAUGAAUUAUCAAAAUAUAAAAUUACAAAUGAUUAAUUAAUUCAAGAAAUCAAUUAAUAACAUGAAGAAAUUAUGAAAUAAUAAGACUAUUGUGAUAAAAUGGCUGAUUAAUGUGAUGAAAUUAUGAAUAAAUUAUCAAUGGAAAUUGAAAAAUCGUAACAACUAUAAGUUAAUGAAAAUAGAUUAUAAGAACAUAUUGGAUAAUUAAGCUUAUAAAAUACUGAAUACUAUAAUAAAUUAAAAUUAUAUUAAGAAUAAAUUAAUACAUUUAUUGAUCAAAAUAAUGAGGAUUUGGAGAAUUAGAAAUUAAAAUUUGAUUAAAUUAAAUAGGAAUUAAAAUAAGAAUAUUUGAAUGAUCUUAAAGGAAAAUAAUUAGAAAUUUAGGAACUUGAAGAGUAAAAUACAUCAAUUUCAAAAGAUUUGAAUAAUGUUAAGAAUGAAUAUGAAAUGCUUAAAAUAGAUUAUGAAUAAAUUAAAAAAGAAAUUAGUGAUUAUUAAUAAUAAAAAAGAAUCAUAGAAUAGCUUUAAUUACAAAACAGACAAUAUAAAUUAUAAUUGGAAGAAAAUAAGGCUUUAUUACAAGAAUUUGUAUCACAUAAAGGUGGAGUUUAAGCAGAUAUUGAGGAAAGAGAUAAACAUAUAUAAAAAAUUAUAAAUUAAAAAGAUGAUAGAAUUGCUGAAUUAGAAAGGGAUUUUUAAAUGUAUUAUGAAAAAUGUGCUAUUCUAUAAUAACAUCAAAAGAAUAAUGAACAUUUAGAAUAGUUGAAUUUUAAUUACAGAGAAUAAAAAGAAUUAUUUGAAUAAGAGAAUGAAAGAUUAAAAUAAGAAAUUUAAAAAUUACAAAAUUAAAUAAAUAAUUAUGCAACUAUCUAAAAAUAAUAAAAAUUUAAAGCAGAAAAAUCAAUAAUUGAAGAAAAUUAAUAACUCAGAAAAGAAUUAAAUGAAUUGGGAAAUGAAUUACAAAAAUUAAGAGAUUAAUAAGUUAAUAUGAACACUUUACCUAUACCUCCUAAAUAAGCUAGUGAAGCUGGAAGUAGAGUAAGAUAAGGAGGACCUUCUUAAGAUUUUUAAUAAACCAAACAAAAUUAAGUCUAUCUUUAACCAUAAUAAUAAAUCUAAGUAUGAAUAUUUAUAUAUAAAUUAAGCCUACAUCUCCACAUCAUUCAUAACAUUCACCUGUUCUAUCAAGAAGAAACAUUUAAGAAUCAGAUGAUGGGUCUGUUAAAGGAGGAGGUAAUACUUAAGAUAAAAAUAUGUUAAUCUCUUUUACUGAUGAUCAAAUUAAAUAAUAAUAAAUUUAAAGAUAGAGAGAUAGAGAAAAUUCUUAUCAUUCUAAUAUGUCAAAUGCUCCAUACAGAAGAAAAUCACAAUAAUAAUGA